AUGUAUCGUUGUAUCGUUGUAGAUGUCGUUGUGGGUGUCGGCUCGGGUGUGGAUGUUGCAUUGACGGUGGAUGUCUGGCCGGGUGUGGAUUUUGUAGCGGAAGUAGAUGUUAUACCGGAUGUGGAGGUUGCAGCGGAAGUAGAUGUUAUACCGGAUGUGGAUGUUAUACCGGAUGUGGAUGUUGUACCAGAUGUGGAUGUUAUACCAGAUGUGGAUAUUAUACCGGAAGUAGAUGUUAUACCGGAUGUGAAUGUUAUACCGGAUGUGGAUGUUGUAGCGGAAGUAGAUAUACUAGAUGUAAAUGUCAGACCGGAUGCUGAAUUUCCACCGGAUGUGGUUGUUGAUUCCAGACCGGAUGUGGAUGUUGAUUCCAGACCAGAUAUGGUUGUUGAUUCCAGACCGGAUGUGGAUGUUGAUUCCAGACCAGAUAUGGUUGUUGAUUCCAGACCGGAUGUGGAUGGUGAUUCCAGACCGGAUGUGGUUGUUGAUUCCAGACCAGAUAUGGUUGUUGAUUCCAGACCGGAUGUGGAUGUUGAUUCCAGACCAGAUAUGGUUGUUGAUUCCAGACCGGAUGUGGAUGACUACGACAAGCCGGUCAAGUACCUGCGUCUGGCGCCAACUGGACGCUUUUGA